UUAUUAUUCAGGAUGGCAAGUUCCUAAUAUGAGUUGAUCUCUGUAGGGAAUUAUUCUAUAAGAAAAGGAGAAAAGAUUGGAAAAGGACAAUGGGGGUCCAUUUUUAGUGGUGAGAUAGUGCAAAGUAAAAAAAAAAUUGCCAUAAAAUAAUUAUUGGAAUUAACAAAAUAAGAGGAGAUCAUUCUAUAGAAACUUAAAGGAAAAAAAUUCGAUCAUAUUGUUGAAGUGCUUACUUAUGAAUAAAAAUAAGAUGGGAAUAUCUACAUUUUAAUGGAAAUUGGGAAGGAGGUUAACAUUAAAGAAGUUGAGAAUAAGGAAGAAACUUUUUUACAAGUAAUAUUCCUUACAUUACUUAGAUGGUGAAGGGUGUUCAAUAGUUUCAUAAAUUGGGAUUUUUUCAUAGAGAUCUCAAACCUGAAAAUUUUGUAAUUUGUGAGGAUGGUUGGAUAAAAUUGAUUGAUUUUGGGAUAACAAAAGAAAUUAAAGAAAUAAUUUAGACUAAGCAGAUAGACACUUUUCAUUAUUUGGCCCCAGAAGUGCUGGCAUUUGAUAAUUAUGACUAAUUUGUUGAUCUAUGGUCUUUAGGAAUAAUAUUUUUUGAAAUUCUUACAAGAAAAAAUUUUUUUGAGGAUUCAAACACUUAUCUUGAAAUAUUGUUAAAAAGAAUUGAAAUUACUUAACUCUAAAUUAACACUAAAAUAAAAGAACACAAUUUGAAAAAUUGGUAGGUGAAAAUUCUUGAGAAAAUGAUUGUUCAACGUUUAGACAAGAACAGAGAGAUUAAUACAAAUAUCAAAAGGAUAGGAAUAGAUGCUCUUGUAGAAGAACUCGAAAAGUAUUGCCCUUUUAAAUGGUAAGAAUAAGCUGAGGAUGUAUAAAUUUCUAUUUGGAAUAAUUCAAGUAAAUGUUUCACAAGAGGUAAAUUCCAAAUCUAGUACACAAAAGAUUCUGAAAUUAUCUACAGCUAAAAUGGGAUGGUCAUAAGAAAGUAAUAUUAAAAACUUUUAGUAUAGAGACUAAAUUGUAAAUAUAUUAGUGAAGCCUGAAGUGUUAAAGAAUUUAGAAUAAAUUAAGUACUUGCAAUGGAUAGGAAAUUAUGACUAAAAUAAAAAAAAAGUUGGCAGAUGGGAGAUUACUUGGAAUGGUGAAAAUUUAAAUAAUGUUGGAGGAGAGUAUCUAGAUGGUAGAAAGACAGGGUAGUGGAAAGAUCUAACAUAGAAUUAUUGGAGGUAUGCUCUUUAAUCUAGGAAAAAUAGUUAAGCUUAGGUAUAUGAAAUUGGCAAAUACGAAAACAACAUUAGAAAGGGAGUUUGGGAGUUUGUCUAUAACAAUUAUAAGAUGUAUUUUAUUUACUUAUCAAAUUUUAAGCGGAGGGGGGUAAUUCAAUAAUGAUGGUAAUAAACAAGGAAAAUGGAUUGAUCUAUUUGAAAAUUUUUUUUACAAUGCUUAAGUCACUUAUAAUGGUGAAUAUAAUAUGAAUAAUAUGAAGGUAGGCAGAUGGGAUAUUAUGUAUGAUAAAGUUAGAGAUCGACAAUAUAAAUAAAUGUAAAUAUUAUUUAUAGUGGUGGUGGAUAAUAUGAUAAAGAAGGAAAUUAAAAAAAGAUUGGAAAGUGGGUGGAACUGUUUGAAGGGUUUCAAUUGAAUGCUUAAGUCACUUAUAAUGGUGAAUAUAAUAUAAAUAGUAUGAAGGUAGGUAGAUGGGAUAUUAUGUAUUGUUAAAUUGGAAAAUAGGAAUAUCAAUAAAUGUAAAUAUUAUUUGUUUAAAAGACUUAAACAUAUAGUGGUGGCGGAUCAUAUGAUUAAGAAGGAAAUUAAAAAAAGAUUGGAAAGUGGGUAGAAUUGUUUGAAGGGUUUUAGUAAUUAGCUAAAGUCACUUAUGAUGGUGAAUACAAUAUGAAUAAUAUGAAGGUAGGUAAAUGGGAUAUUAUGUUUGAAGGAGAUUGGAUGUAAAUAUUAUAGAAUUUAUAAGAAUAUUUAAAUAUCUAUAUUUAUAGUGGUGGUGGAUAAUAUGAUAAAGAAGGAAAUUAGAACAAGAUUGGGAAUUGGGUAGAAUUGUUUGAAGGUUUUCAUUGGAAGGCUUAAGUCAUUUAUAAUGGUGAAUAUAAUAUGAACAAUAUGAAGGUAGGUAGAUGGGAUAUUAUGUAUUGUAAAAAUGCAACAGCAGAAUAUAAAUAAAUGUAAAUAUUAUAGAAUUUAUAAGAAUAUUUAAAUAUCUAUAAUUAUAGUGGUGGUGGAUAAUAUGAUAAAGAAGGAAAUUAAAAAAAGAUUGGAAAGUGGGUAGAAUUGUUUGAAGGGUUUUAGUAUGAUGCUUAAGUCACUUAUAAUGGUGAAUAUAAUAUGAACAAUAUGAAGGUAGGUAGAUGGGAUAUUAUGUAUUGUAAAUGGGAUGAAAAAGAAUUUAAAUAAAUGUAAAUAUUAUUUAUUUAUAAGAAUAUUUAAUAUUCUUCUAGUGGUGGUGGAAAAUAUGAUUAAGAAGGAAAUUAGAAAAAGAUUGGGAGUUGGGUAGAAUUGGAUGAAGAGUUUGGAAAGUGGGAAGAAUAGAUAAAAGGACCUUAGUAUUGUAAUUAAGUCACUCAUAAUGGUGAAUAUAAUAUGAAAGGUCAAAAAGUAGGUAUUUGGGUAGAAAUGGAUAUAAAGCAUAAUUACAAAAGAGGAGAAAAGAAAUAUGAUAUUUGA